UUUUAAACUAAGAUAUAUAGUCAUACUAGUGAAAAAAAUUUAUUUAUAUCAAAAUAUAUGGUGUGUUGAUACUUUAAAAGAAAAAUCAAAUGGAGGAUGGAAGGGUGGAAGAAGAAGAAACGAAAGAGGGGAGAAGGGAAGAUACGAGAAAGAAGAUGACAACUUAUUGAGAAAUUGUACUCAUAGCUUUAAGAGGAUAGUAGAUAUCAUAAAUUCCGUUUAACCUAGUUUUUGUAACCUAAGUUUUCAGUUUUUUAAGGGGGAUUGAGUUAGAUCGACUUAUCGAGUUGAGAAACUCCUCAAUUGGACUUGGGAUACACAUUUUUUACACAUGUCUGUGUAAGGUUUUUUUUAUGUCUGUGUAUAGACAUAAAAAAAACCUUACACAGACAUGUGUAAAAAGUGUGUACACAAGAAAUGUCUAUCUUAACAAUUUUGUCAAAUACUUAGUCAAGCAAGUACUACGUAACUCGGAAAUAAAACCAGGUAGCUACAGUACUCUAUUUGCGAGCACUCCCCCAGUGCUCACCUAAUAGAUAACCCAGAAGUCAGGAGUCCUGUUCCUUCACUGGCAAUGGUCGAAGGGGAAGAAGAUUACAUGGGAGACCUUUCCCAGUUUCUACCUCCGGAAGCUUCUCCAUCUUCCGAAAAGGUUUCUAGCAAUAAACUCUCCGUAGUCUCAAAAUCUGUAAACAAGCGCAAACCCCUAAGCUGGCAAGAACAGAGAAUACUUAAACGACAACAAAAGCAAAUUGAAGAGGAUCAACAAACACUGGCCAACUUAGAAUCAGCAAUUCCUGAAUCAAACAUUGGGUUUAAAAUGUUGAAACAAAUGGGAUACAUUCCUGGGUCCAGUUUAGGGAAGGAUGGUUCAGGAAGGGUUGAACCAGUGGGAUUGGAAAUUCGAAGAGGCCGUGCUGGGCUUGGGAAGGAAGACUCGAGAUUAGAGAAGGCAAGGAUAGAAAAAGAGAAAUCUGAAAUUGGGCAAAAGAAGGAGGAAGAACUUAUGGUAGACUUUGAGCAUCGCCAAAAAGAGAGGUGGAAAGGGCGGAGGGUUGUUGUCAACUUUCACAAGGCUGAGGCUGUAUUAGCCCAGUUGGAGAAUAGGGAGGUCGUUGAAGAGGCUAAGGAAAAAGAAGAAGGAGAAGAGGAAGAGGAAGAAGAAGAAAUCAUCACGGAAGAGGAUUUGCUAACAAUGUUGAUGAAAUUGAGAGAUGAAUAUUAUUACUGCCUGUUCUGUGGAUGUCAGUAUGAUUCUUUGGAGGCACUUGCGGGUGACUGCCCUGGCGUAUCGGAAGAAGACCACUAGACAAUUCGACUUAUCGGAGGGAUUGAUGCAUUUCAGGGACAGUUGAGAUUUAUACUUUAAGCUUUUUACCAAAUCUGAUGAUGGCUAUUCGAUAGUGAAAAUGAUUGUGAAAAUGGUUAGGGUCUCAAACCUCAUCAAAAGAUCCUUCAAAUGAAGGUUUCUUUGUGCCAUGAAUCCAGAUGAUCAUAUCUGAUUUAUCCAGGUAUGGUUUGCGUAUUUGCAUUCUUGAUCUGGGAAUUUAACUGUGGCCCUCAAUUACUUUUGUGAAUGGAACUGCUAAAUCUUUAUUUGUAUGCUCAAAUUUGUACUUUUCAAAUACCUAUACACACAAUGGCCCUCCGGUGGCCACAUUCCGGCUUAUCAGUGUUAUCAGCC